AUGACCACUCGACAGAGCACGUUAAAUUUGAAAAACUCCCGUACAUCGAUGAACACAAUUGGCAAAGUCCCUACCUCAGGAACGCCACAAGGGAGGUCUGGCAGGCCUUGUGCUAACUGCACAUGUUCACCGGGACUUAUGUCGAGACAGAAUCGUAAGUCUUCUCUCCUUCUAAGACAUCUGGAGAACUCGCGCAAAAGGCCAUCUUUGGAUAAGACAGGCAGUACAGGCUCAAGUAGAGACUCUGUGUACUCGUCUGACACAAUAUGUCAAGCUAAGAAUAUCAACACCUCAGAGCGACUUUUGAUGCUAAGAAAGAAAAUGGCAGCUCACGAGCUGUGUUGUUACAUUGUACCGAGUGAAGACGAACACCAGAACGAGUACGUAUCACUUGCAGACCAGCGGCGCGCAUUUAUUUCUGGUUUUACGGGAUCUGCUGGUGUAGCAUGUAUCACCCGCGAUCUCCUCAACUUCAACAGCGACCACCCUGAAGGCAAGUCUUUGCUCAGUACGGAUGGCCGUUAUUUCAAUCAAGCCACUCAAGAACUCGAUUUCAACUGGUCUUUGCUCAGGCAGGGUGAAGACACCAUGACGUGGCCCGAAUGGUGUAUUCAAGAAGCCAUCGAUAUGUCCGAGGCUCUAGGGGGCCAGGAAGCGAAAAUAGGGAUUGACCCUAAGCUGGUGAGCUACGAUACUGCUCAAACAAUUCAAAAGAUGAUCAUCGAUAAGAUUGAAAAUACGAAAGCUAAUGUAACCCUCGUUCCCGUUACAGAGAACCUUAUUGAUCGAAUUUGGGGUAAAAUUGAGCCUGUUCCGGUUAGAGACUCUAACGACCUCUUGUUGAUGGACUCGAACUACACAAAUGAAACGUUCAAGCAGAAAAGAGAGCGUGCUUUAAAAUACUUGCUUGAAAAAUUGCCUGGUUGCAAGACGUUUUGCGUAGCCACAUUGGACGAGAUUUGUUGGUUGUUAAACUUGAGAGGUUCUGAUAUCGCGUAUAACCCAGUCUUUUAUGCAUACCUUCUGCUCAAAGGCGAUGAGACAAUUUUAUUUACAGACGACCCUUACGAUGAUAAAAUCAAAGAGUACUUGGAGAUCAAUAACGUCACGGUUCAACCAUAUCAUGAAAUUUGGGAUUAUUUGUCAUCUACAGCAUCGGCAUACUCUCAAAGCAGUGAAUCUGUGGCAAUAUCUUCGGGCUCGUCCUGGGAGAUUGUUCGCACUCUAAAGGGCACUCACUUUAAAGAAAUACAGUCACCUCUUGAGCUAUUCAAAGCCGUGAAAAACGAAGUUGAGAUUUCGAAUGCUCGCGCAGCUCAAGUGAAGGAUGCUGUCUGUCUCGUGCAGUAUUUUGCGUGGUUAGAAAAUCAACUGGUCUCCAAAGACGCCUUAGUCGACGAGUACAAAGCCGCCACAAAGCUUUUGGAGAUCAGAAAAACACAGAGGAAUUUUAUGGGCAACUCUUUCGAAACCAUCUCUUCCACAGGAUCCAAUGCAGCAAUAAUACAUUAUUCUCCCCCAGAAGAAAACUCUGCUAUGAUUGACCCAAGCCGUAUCUAUUUAUGUGAUAGUGGGUCUCAGUUCAUGGAGGGUACAACAGAUAUAACCAGAACGUUACAUUUUACAAAACCAACAAAGGAGGAAAUUCAUAACUACACACUAGUGCUCAAGGGCAAUCUAGCUCUUGAAAGGCUAGUUUUCCCCGAAGGAACAUCUGGCUACAACAUAGACGUGAUAGCUAGGCAAUUCUUGUGGCAGCAUGGUCUGGAUUAUAGACACGGCACUGGUCACGGCGUCGGUUCUUUUCUAAAUGUACACGAAGGACCUAUUGGCAUCGGUUUCAGGCCUCAUUUGCAAAGCUUUGCUUUGAAAAGCGGCAACAUAAUUACCAAUGAACCAGGGUUUUACAAAGAUGGAGAGUACGGAAUUCGCAUAGAGAAUGACAUGCUAGUCGAAAAAGCCAGAGGUCUCAAAUUCGGAGAGCGUCAUUUCUUGAAGUUCAAGAAUCUUACUUUGGUGCCAUACUGUAGAAAACUAAUCAACGAGAAAAUGUUGACGUCUGAAGAAAAGACUCAAAUAAAUGCUUACCAUAAGCACAUAUGGGAUAGCAUUGUUCCCUUUACCCAACCGCAAAGCAUAAGUUACAAAUGGCUAAAACGGGAAACUGCGAAUUUGUAA